ACCAGUCCAGAUCGUAAUACCACAACAAGCGUUUUAACAUUCGUUCCAACUGUAGAAGACGGUGGAAAGUACUUGUCAUGCAGAGGACAGCAACCACAGAUACAAGAUAGUGGUAUUGAAGAUGGAUGGAAACUAGAUAUACAUCAUGUUCCUCUGGUUUCCUUAGAGCUUGGCAGUACCCUCAAUGGUAGUACCAUCAAAGAAGGAGUGGACGUUUACUUUGAAUGCAACAUCAAAUCCAAUCCGUGGGUUUAUAAAGUCAGCUGGAGACAAAAUGGCAAACAACUUUACAACAAUAUGCAAACAAACACCAUAGUCAGCAACCAAAGUUUGGUCCUGCAAUCCAUUACCAGGGCUCGAACAGGGAUUUACACUUGUGUCGGACACAAUCAAGAAGGCGACGGCGAAAGCAAUCCCGUUCAGCUCGACGUUAAAUUCGCACCCAUUUGUAGGCCAGGUCAACCCAAAGUCUUCGGCGUAGCGAGGCAUGAAAUCGCUAAAAUCGUGUGCGAGCUAGAAGGCAGCCCGACUGACAUCCAGUUCACAUGGAAGUUCAACAAUAGUGCCGACACCGUCGACAUACCCCAAAGUCAGAUACACACAGAAAAAUCAAGAAGCGUAGCUUCCUACAAGCCUAUGACGGAGUUGGACUACGGGACGCUUCUCUGUUGGGGCAGAAACGAAAUUGGGAUGCAAAAGGAGCCAUGCGUGUUCUAUGUCAAUCCUGCAGGAAAACCAGAUGCACUUUCAAACUGCUCCAUCAUCAACCAGACUGCAGAUUCUCUCAACGUUGAAUGUACCGAAGGUUUUGAUGGUGGCCUUCUUCAGGACUUCGUUAUGGAGGUGUUCGAUACACUAUCGAGAAAACUUGUCAGCAACGUGACUUCCAGGACGCCCGUAUUCAGUGUUGGAGGUUUAGAAUCGGGGGCAGGUUUCGACAUUGGAUUGUACGCUGCCAAUAAGAAGGGAAGGAGUCCCGUUGCGAAAUUGCAAGCAUUCACUUUGAAAUCUGCAGAAAAGCAUACAGCCUCUACUCCAGUUCUCCUUCAAAUCACCCCCCUUCUUGGCGCCCUGAUAGGCGUCGUAGCGGCUCUCAUCCUGGUCGCAGUCAUCAUCGUCAUAGUAAUCCGUCUACGAGACGGGGGAGAUAACGAUGAGAAAGACUAUGAUGACGGCGGACUUUCCUCCUCGGGAAGACGAUGCGUAGCAGGAAACGGUGACAAAGCUAGCACGGAGCCCUUGAAUAAGGAUCUCAAUGACAGCAUAGAUAGUCUUGAGGAGAAGAAUCCCGAUAUAAUUCCUCAAAAUAAUGGGGAAGAAGAGUAUCAGGAUGAAGAACGGGCCUUCGAAAGGUUGAACAAUUCAACUCUGAGGGCAUACAGCAGAAUGCAAAGUCCUAUCAGCCAGAUUAAAAACAAUGGAUCGUACGAUGGAUACGUGGGUAAAACGAGUGACGAAAUAACCUAUGCUGAAUUAUCUAUCGCAAACCAACAGAUACCGCAAGUGAUCUACAAUCAACAGUGCAUACCGAUGUCGGUGAUUCGACGCCAGGAACCUACGGUGUAUGCACAAAUCGACGUCAAGAGGAUGCCGCAUAGUUUGCAGCCCCUCAGUCCCCCACAUCCAUCAACGUUCCAAACGUUGCACCAUCCCCAUUUACCGCCCUACCUGCCGAGGCCGAUCAGAGAUGAUUCGAUGGUUCACGAGGGUUCGGUCAGCUCCGAAACGCCCUUGUUGACUUCGAGGGACACAAAUGUUCUACAGUCUCUAUUGGAUGUAAAUAGCAGCCGAACCCCAACGAUAACUUCUACUCUACCGAGGACGGUGACUGCAACUCGAUUUUGACCGAGUUAAAUAGACUAUGAAGAUCUGGUAUAUUUAUAAACGAAUUUGUAACUGUUAUUAUGACUAUAUGAAUGUUACCUUUAUGUCGGGUGUUUUUACUGCUUCAUUCCGAGAAAUGUUUUAUCUGAAGAUGUUUUGUGAGUAAAUUUCUAUUGUUUGGAAAAUAUUUGUAUAGUUUUAUCGCGCUGUCCAUUCCAAUCUUGUCUCAUUAUAUUUUUGGUUUAUUGGUCAGAGAACAUACCUAAGAACAAUCAAAGAGAUAUCCAUUGAAGUUGUAGGUGGAAACCACUUUUUCAGAUUCAUUUCUGAAAGUUUAUAAGAAAUAUUAAUUUUCAGUUUGAAAUUAACUUUAUUUUGUAAAAGAACGACUUCUAUAUAUUAUUUUUGGUUGUUUCGGAGUGGAUGAGGUUAAAUGAGAAAAUUCUUUGAGAAUUUAAGAUUUUUGUACUGGAAUUUAUGAGAAAUGUGUAGUACCUACUUUAAGCAGAGACAAUUACUAAAUUGUGAUUAUGCAGUUUUUGUCUAGAUGUACAGAAUGUCAAGAAAUGAUUUGUAAGAAUUCACCACAUUUCCUAUUCUUUUCUAGAAAAAAACUAAUCGAUAAGGGCUGGUUUUUCUCUUAAAAAGAACAUUUUUUCUGAGAGUACUUAAUUUAGUGAUUAUGUUUAUAGUUGUUCAGUUCACAAAAAAUAUUUCGUUAUUCAAAAGAAAUUAAAUUUUAUUAUCAUGUUUUUACAAUAAUGCAUUAAACUCAUUUAUGUUGAUGAGUUUUCAGCCUGCUAAAAUUUUACUUUUGUUUACAAUGCAGGGUGCAUUAUU